GUCACGGUGUCCUUCCCGCCCACUUCCGCCAGGCUCCAGAGGUGCUACACUUUCCGUUUGUUUAUGUUAGCCGAGGCCAAACUGACACUAAUUGUAAGGUCGUGCUUGUGGCUGCCUGAUAUGCUUCAGAGAGAAGCAGAGCUGCAGAAACCGACCGACGCUGGAAACAUGACUGCUGAGUAACAGUUUGUUCACUUUUUUUUCUGCUCAGUAUGAACAGCGAGGAGGAAUUUUUCGACGCUGAGACAGGAUUGGAGUCUGAUGAUUCCUGUGAGGUCAGUUUCAAAGAUGCGCUGCUGUUUGACAGCAAGCAGGGGACUGAUGGCAGGAGCGCACGAGAAAAUGGACUGUGGGAGCGCAGGAAAGCCCUUCCUGCAGAAACGAUCUCCAGGAACAAUUUCAGCGUUUGGAGCAUAUUGAAGAAAUGCAUUGGAAUGGAGCUGUCCAAAAUAGUGAUGCCUGUCGUAUUUAACGAGCCGCUGAGCUUUCUCCAGAGAAUCUCGGAGUACAUGGAGCACACUCAUCUCAUUCACAAAGCUUGCAGCCUGUCGGACUCCAUAGACCGCAUGCAGGUUGUUGCUGCCUUUGCUGUUUCUGCUGUAGCAUCUCAAUGGGAGAGGACUGGAAAGCCAUUUAAUCCUUUGUUGGGGGAAACAUAUGAACUCAUAAGAGAGGAUGAAGGAUACAGAUUGAUCUCUGAGCAGGUGAGCCACCACCCCCCGAUCAGUGCCUUCCACGCUCAGUCUCUGAAGCAAGAGUUCGAGUUUCAUGGCUCCAUCUACCCGAAACUGAAGUUCUGGGGUAAAAGCAUUGAAGCUGAGCCUAAAGGCACCAUGACGCUGGAGUUAUCAAAACAUAAAGAAGCAUACACGUGGACAAAUCCAAUGUGCUGUGUGCAUAACAUCAUUUUGGGAAAACUCUGGAUUGAGCAAUAUGGAACGGUGGAGAUAGUCAACCACAGCACUGGAGAGAAGUGCGUUUUGAACUUCAAAGCAUGCGGGAUGUUCGGAAAGGAUCUUCAUAAAGUGGAAGGAUAUAUCCAAGAUAAAAGUAAGAAGAAGAGACAAGUCAUCUAUGGCAAGUGGACAGAGUGCAUGUACAGCAUUGACCCUAAACUUUAUGAAACAUACAAGAAAUCGGAAAAGAAAGCAGGGAGCGACUCAAAGAAGCUGAAGCAGGAACGCAGCUGUGAAGGUGAGGAGGACGACAAAUUGCCAGAGAUUCAGGAGACUGUGACCGUGAUACCAGGAAGUGCCUUACUGUGGAGGAUAACGCCGCGGCCCGCUAACUCAGCGCAGAUGUAUAACUUCACCAGCUUUGCUGUGACGCUAAAUGAGCUGGAGCCCGGCAUGGAGAGGCUGCUGGCACCAACGGACUGCCGGCUGAGGCCCGAUAUUAGAGCCAUGGAAAAUGGAGACAUAGAAUUAGCUAGUGCAGAAAAGGAGCGAUUAGAGGAAAAACAGCGAGCUGCACGCAGAGAACGAUCAAAGGAUGAAGAGGAGUGGUCGACCAGGUGGUUCCAAUCGGGAACAAACCCUUUCACAGGAGCCGAGGACUGGCUGUACACAGGCGGAUACUUUGACAGGAAGUACUCAGACUGUCCCAGCAUUUAUUGAAUCGUGAAAAUGUUAAAUUUGUUUCUCAGCAUCUCGGAUAUGUGACCUUGAAAUGGCCAAAUGAAACAGACUGACACUGUCUUUGUUGAAGAAAACUGAUCUCCGUUAAUUCGAUCAUCUGUAACGACUGUGAACAUGCUCUGCAAGAGUUUUUAGAAUGCACUGAUCAGAAAUGCUGUCAAGAGACACAUUCACCGUUAUUCACCCUAAUCACUCAUUUUACUCACUAUUUAAGGCUUGUAAACACGCCACCAUUGUGAACUUCAGAAACACAGACAGGCUGCAACAGGACAGGACACACAAGACCUUUAGUGCAGGUAAAUCCUGCAGGUCAUCCAUCCACAUCCUUCUAUCAUGUUGCAUUAAAUAUCAGGGAUUAUUUGAACACAUCCGCUACU